CGGCGGCGAGCCGGAGAUAUAAACGAGAAACGGAAUCGGUGAACCAACAUCCCGACGACGCCCCAGAAACGUGGAAAGAAGCACGCCCGACGACAUGAGCAAACGCGCGGAGAAUCCCGCCACAGCCGCCGCUGCGCUGCUGCUACUGCUCUUGGUACAACUCUCCGCUCACUGGACCCCCGUCGAGUCGCAGAGAAUCCUGUCUGAAGAAGAGGCGGCUUACAUUGCGCCUUCGGCCAAGCAGCAGAAGCCGCGAGACCCUCUGGUGGAGUUGCUACGGGAGCAACUGCCUUACACCCGCACCAUCGCCAGCAACGGCGGUACGUUCUCCAUCAACGAGACCGUGCACGGCACAGCCUACAGCGGCCAUGUGUACGUCCAGAAGGGACACCUCCACGGCCUCGCAACCGUAUCGCGAUCGGCAAAGAGCUGCGGCCACCGCAAGCUGCAGCUUAUGUGGCCUCGGGUGACGGCCACGUUCAAGUUCAGGGCUUCGGUCAACGGCGUCCGCGUUCUCGGCUUGGCAACAGGUGUACUUGCUGCCGGCCACUGUGCGGCAGCCGCUUGACGUCGACGGUAUGCCUUCGGGCUCGUACCGCGUGGACGCAGUCAAGGCAUCGUCGUUCAGCACUUCCUCGCUCAAGGGUUUCACGCACCUUGUAGGACGCAUGUCCCGACAUCUGACGUACGCGAGUCAAGCCGCGCUGCGCUCUUUUCUUACGGGCGAAGGACGCAAAGUGCUCGACGUGACACUGCGCAAACUUUACAACGAAGCGACGCCCGGAACAGCGUUGGUCUGCUGAGUGAGCGGGAGUGUGAUGGCAGUACUUUUGUGCAGCUGAGAAGGCGGCGUAGGAAAACUGCACCCCUCUCGCCAAGCAUUCAGCGACGUUCCCGACGAUCGACAGAAGAUUUGUGGUCGUCAUCGUACAAGCUAUAGAGUACAUAAGUGUACAAGCUCGUGAGCGGCUCCUGGUGGCAGCACAUUGAGUAACGCAGUCUCUUCAAAUGUGUGGCACACUGCAGCAACGAUGAGAACAGUUUUUAGGCAGCAGAAUAACUGUGUUAAGUAUUUUUCUUUUAAGUUGGGGGCAGGGAUGGGAGAGCUAUGAUAUGGGUAGCACUUAGGCAGUGCAACUAAAGCUUCAACAAAUUAUGUUGUAAACAUGACAUAAAUAUUUCUUGCCACGUG